AUGAUCAAUUCAAAUAGUGAACUUAGUAGUUUACGGUUAUCAAAUAUUAAUAUACAUGGAGGAUUGAUAUUUGGUUAUAAUACAGGUGUGAUUGCAGCUGUAUUGACCGUUAAAGAAUGGAGUGGAAUGAAUGAAAUAGAUAAGGGAUUCCUCACAUGUAGUAUAUUGUUGGGUGCUAUGAUUGGUAGUUUGUUGGCUGGUUUUGUUACAGAACGUGUUGGUCGAAAGAAACCAAUGUAUAUAUUGGCAGUACUCUCUAUCGUUGGUGCACUUGGUAGUGCAUUUGUACCUCAUGGACUAUGGAUAGUCAUACCAUUUAGAUUGAUAUUGGGUAUUGCUGUAGGUUCAAGUGGUAUCGUUUGUCCUCUCUACGUUGGAGAAAUGGCAUCACCUGAAAGAAAAGGUACUUUAGGUACUGUUUUUCAAAUUGCAAUUACAGUUGGUAUUCUAGUUGGAGAUGUAAUUGGAUUUUCUUUAAAGAAUGUAGUCUAUAGUUAUAGAAUCAUGUUUGGUUUGGGUGCAAUCCCAGGUGUAUUUUUAAUUGCAACUCUAUUUUUCGUUCCAGAGUCAAAUGUUUGGAUAGAAAAGAGAAAUACUCAAAGAAAUACUUUAUUACUUUUAAAUAAGGAUGAAACUGGAGGAAUGGGAAUCAAGUUGUUACUCUCAAAACCAGCUGGAAGAUUUGCAUUAUUUAUUGGUUCUAUUUUAGCCAUCAAUAAUCAAUUGACUGGUAUCAAUGCUUUUAUGUAUUUUAGUCCUUCUAUUUUCCAACAAGCUGGUAUUUCUGGUAAUGGUAUUACCAUUGCAACUAUUUGUUUAGUAGGAUGGAAUGUAAUUAGUACAUUGGCAGCAACCUUUUUAAUCGAUAGAAUUGGUCGUAAAAAGUUAAUGGUGAUUAGUACUGUUGGAAUGAGUAUUAGUUGUUUGACAUUGGCACUACUUUUCACAUUGGUCAAGGGUACUGUACUUGGUUACUUGUCGGUCGUUCUUUUGUUUGUAUUUGUUUUUGCAUUUGAACUUGGAGCUGGCCCAUUGUUUUGGAUCUUGGUCAUUGAAAUCUUCCCAGAAGAGAUGAAGGAUUUGGGUUCUAGUUUAUUGAAUGCAUUGCAAUGGAUAUUCAACAUUGCACUUUCAUUCUCUUUCCUCUGGCUCGUCUCUCUGAUUGGACAAGCUGCUAUCUUUUGGAUAUUUGGUGGAAUUGGUAUAUUCUGUCUUGUAUUGGUUUCAAUCUAUCUUCCAGAUACUCAAGUUGUCAACCAAGGUUAUAAACCUAUAGAUUGA